CACUAAAUCUUAUUACAUCGUUGUGUAACAAAAAAGGCAACACAUUUUCUCAUGUAAAAACAAAAAAAAAAGAUUACUCCUUUUUAAUGGGUUGAUUAGUCACUGAAAAUCUGAUUUUCUGACUGUCCAAUCUUCAAAGCUGAACAAUAUAAAGCCACCCCCCACCCCCAACCCCACUGCAAAUAAAAUUCAGAUUUGGUCUCCACUUUUUACCACUCUUCCAAGAAUCAAGAACUUUUGCAGUUGCCUGUAUUGACAAAUACCAUAUCAUAUAAUAUCACACCCCUUUUAACUUUCUUGAUUAUUCAUUACCUGCAAAUUUAGUUCAGAUCAAGAAGAAGAAAAUCACAGUGCAAAAAAUGGAGCUUGCAUGGAGAAUAAUUAUCACACCAUACAUACCAUACUUAAUCACCACGUUAGCUCUUCUUCUCCUCUUCGAACAAAUCUCAUACCUCAAGAAAAAACGUUUCUUGCCAGGCCCAACACUUGUUCUACCAUUCAUCGGCAACGCCGUUUCCUUGGUCAGAAACCCGACCAAAUUCUGGGACUUACAAUCCUCGUACGCAAAGUCCACACCUUUAGGAAUCUCCGCCAACUAUAUCAUUGGACGAUACAUCGUCUACGUUUACUCCACCGAUCUUUCCCACAAGAUCUUCUCCAACGUCCGGCCAGAUGCUUUCCACCUCGUCGGCCACCCCUUCGGGAAGAAGCUCUUCGGCGAGCACAAUUUGAUAUACAUGUUCGGCCAGGAUCACAAGGACUUGCGCCGCCAGAUUGCGCCCAAUUUCACGCCCAAGGCGUUGCAGAUUUACACCAAUAUCCAACAGAGGAUUAUUAUCAAACACCUGGUGUGCUGGGUCGAGAAAUCGAGAGGGGAGUUUUCAAUCCCGCUGCGCACACUCUGCCGCGACAUGAAUUUGGAAACCUCGCAGACGGUCUUCGUCGGGCCGUACUUGGACGGGGAGUCGCGUACGAGGUUCAACGUUGACUACAAUUUCUUCAACGUCGGCUUGAUGAAGCUCCCGAUUGAUUUUCCGGGGUUUGCUUUCCGGAACGCGGCUUCAGCUGUUCAGAGGCUCGUGGAUACGCUCUCCGGCUGCGUGGAGGAGAGCGAGAAGAAGGUGGAAUCUGGGGAGGAACCCACGUGCUUGAUUGACUUUUGGAUGCAGGAAAAUUUGUCGGAGUUGCCGGAGAAGAAGACACACAGACACAGAGAAAUCGGCGGCCAUUUGUUUGACUUUCUGUUCGCUUCACAAGACGCAUCGACUUCUUCUCUACUGUGGGCGAUUGUUUAUCUGGAAUCGCAUCCGAAAAUUCUGGAGAGGGUGAGGAAAGAGGUGGCGGAAUAUUGGUCGCCGGAAAACGACGCCGUUUUAACAGGCGACCAUCUGCGGCAAAUGAAGUACACGGAGGCUGUGGCGCGUGAGGUUGUGAGGAUCAGAGCACCCGCGACUAUGGUUCCCCAUAUUGCCGGCGUCGAUUUCCCGUUGACCGAAAAUUACGUUAUUCCGAAGGGCACAAUCGUCUUUCCUUCUGUUUUUGACUCGUCUUUUCAAGGGUUUACCGAACCGGACCGGUUCGACCCGGACCGGUUCAUGGAAGAUAGGCAGGAGGACCGGGUUUACAAAAAGAACUUCCUUGCAUUUGGGGCUGGGGCCCACCAGUGUGUGGGCCAAAGGUAUGCGAUUAAUCACCUGAUGUUGUUCAUUGCGAUGUUUGCCACGUUGGUUGAUUUUAAAAGGGAUAGAACGGACGGCUGCGAUGAAAUCACUUAUGUGCCGACUAUUGUACCUAAGGACGAUUGCAGGGUUUUUCUUUCGCAGAGAUGUAGGCGAUUUCCUUCACUGUCGUGACGGAAUUGCCCUUUGUGUUCGAAUCUUUUGUUGGGGGUUUAAUUGUCAAUGCACCUAAAGGAAAAGAAGUGUAUAUUGUUUUGAACUUUUGAUGAUUAAUCAAGUUCAUUUAUUGAUAGUGUGGGGGAUUUAUUGAUGUAAUGUUAAUUAAAUGUUUUCAGGUUUGUUUUUUUUGGAUUGUUUAUUCAAAUCAAUAAAAUGAAUAUUGCUGCGUGGAAUAUUUUAUUAUUGUAAAAUUAUUGUGUCUCGUUAAAUUAUUGUGUCUUGUAAAAUGAGUUAA